AUGACCUAUGUUUCUCGUACGAAUACCCCGAUGGUCGCUUCUAUAACAAUUCCGAAGGAGUCGACCAAGGCAGGAUCAGCCGAUGCAGCAGUCUCGAGAGACCAACGCAACCGACAGCCACUGCUUAGACGUGGAUGCGCCUCUGCACCGCAAAAAGAAAGUCCGGCAAUGAAAGCUGUCUCUUGCUCCUCCUCCCUCCCUACCAACUAUCCCCGCAAUAACCAGGCCUCUCCCUCCCUCUUCAACUAUCAGAAUUUGAAUGUUUACGUCGUCGGUAAUGUAGGUCACCCGAAGGCCCAGAUUGUCCGCGUUGUACACAUCUCCGAUACUCGGGGCGUUGGUGAUCACUAUGCUAGGGGCUUGCCCAAUGGCCACAUACUAAUCCAUUCGGGGGACUUCUUAGACGGUCCGCCUUUGCGACAUCGGACACUCCUGCGUCGGAGCUACUUCAGGAAGUCGCGAACAGAGGGUAGAUUUUCGUCGUCCGCUUCCGCCUCCUCCAUCUCCUCCCCUUCCACUGAAGAUUGCAUGUGGAAAUCCAAGCUUCGGUCCAUAGACGAGUUUUUUCGGCACCAACCUCAUCCUUAUAAAAUUUUCGUUUCUGGAUGCUGGGACUACCUUGGUCCGGAGCGACCUUCUGCGGCCCAGAUCCAAAAGUACCUUCCUUCUGCCAUCUACCUUGAGGAUGCCGCAUGUGAGAUACUCGGUCUCAAGGUAUAUGGGAUUCCCUGGACCUCGGCAGACGAUCUACGGCCGGAGGACGGGAAAUCACACUUCACUUCAUCCACCGUAACUUCUAAGGUGAAGGCUAUACUGCCUCAGUGGUUGUUACGUUCCUCCAUGUUCUGGUCUCAAAGCCAUCGACAGACUGGGCGACAAAGAUGUCUCUCUUCAUGUACUGGAACUUCUGGCACACCGGCGACGGCAGCACCAGUGAAGGCGAGAGAAAUGGUGGUAAUUGGAGGGCGAUCGAAUGUCUGGCCGGCUUAUCACAGUCCUGACACCAGUAAUGGUAGCUGUUCAUCCUCUGCGAAUGCCGAGACGGGUGUCUGUGAGUCUGGAUCCCCUCCUGGCUCAUCCUCCUGUUCUUCAUCCUCUUCCUCGUUAUCCUCCUCUGUCUCUGCCUCUCCCCUCUGCGAUGGUUUUAUCCUCCCCGAUAUCAAGGCGGUGGAGGAGCGUUUUUCUCGGGUGCCCUCUGACACCAAUAUCAUUGUCUCUCACAUGCCGGCCUGGCGACCAGAGUUAUACACCCACGUGGUCGACCGGAUACAGUAA